CUAGCUAACAAUGUCUUCUAAAAUUAUUCUUGUUUUAUGCGCCCAGGCGCUCUUCGUACAGCUCGCAUUCGCCCACUGUGGAGGCCGUUCCAAUGUGGACGCUGGACUACCUUCCUACGAUUGGUCUGCCACUAUUAACCCUGGAGUGGGAAACUCUGGAUGUGCCAGCCCUGUAAUACAAGCUUCAUCUUGCUCAGGAAAUGCUUACAAUGGAAACAGCUAUGGGAACGCUGGUCUUGGUUUAUCAGGUCUGGGUAUUAAAGUGAUCCCAACUAGUGGAGGCUCUCUUCCAGUCUCCAGUUAUUCUACGAUAUCUCCUAAUGGAUUAUCAGUGAUCUCUGAGAAUACCAUUGAAGGUAAUGUCUAUGUAAAUGGUGAGCUGCCGUUCGUGAGUGCUGCGGCUUUGGAGGGCGUGCUGGCAAGCGGCGGUGCUGGCGCCGUCAGCUACAGCUGCGGUAACGGUGUUACUGCUAUUGAGAGCAUCGCUCCUGCUGGUGCCUAUGGUGGUGCAGGUGCCUAUGGCGCUGCGUCUGCCUCAGGACUUGCUGCUGGCUAUGGACUCGGCGCAGGUGCCUUCGCUCCUGGUAUUGGAAUAGGGGGUUUGUCUUCAGGACUUGGUUGCAAUGCUGGUUUACCUACAUCAGCGCUAUCCCAGAAUUGUGGCCGUUUAUAUACUCCUGCAGCCUACAACUCAUAUCCUACUUUUAGUUACGACGGAUUUUCAACUGGUUUCGCAAGCAAUACCUUUCCUGGUAGACUGGUAGGCACCAGCUUAACCUACAAUGGUCUUUCAAAUAAUGUUAUAAACGCUCCAGCAGUAGAAUUUACGCCAACAUCUGGAGGAGCCCUACCAGUAACCAGUGCUUCACCAAUCGCUCCAAAUGCCAUAGUGGUUGAAUCAGAAAAUGUCUAUGAAGGUACCUUAGCUGUGGCUGGUGAGCUACCCUUCGUGGGUACAGUAGGAAUGGAAGGUAACCUUCCUACAAUAGGUUCAGGGGCUGUCAAUCAUGCUUGUGGUAAUGGAGCUACAAGAACGAUAAGUCAAGAUAAUGCUCUUGUUAAUAAUAUUGGAACAGGAUAUACUGCGUCAACUUUCGAGAAUAUGUAUGGAAGUAUUGGUGGAUUUGACAAUCCAGUACCCGCUUCUGCCUUUGGAUACAAUGCUGGAUUAGCAGGACUUUCCUAUCCUGCCGCUGGCUUGGCUGGUGCUGGUCUGGCUGGCCCCUUCGGAUUGGCUUCUGGUUUGGGUUAUGACGGACUCGCCUACCCUGGCGCUGCCGGUUACGGCUCUGGAGUCGCCGCGUACGGCGGCGCCGGUGAAGGCAACGUGGCGGUCGCUGGUGAGCUGCCAGUCGCCGGUAACACCGCUCUGUAUGGACAGGUGCCCAUCAUGGGCGCUGUGAGCUUCAGCGGUCCUGUGGCUGCUGCUGGUGUCGUGACCAUCACAGGAAAGUGUGGUUGUGGUUGUGGCUAUCAAUAUUUAUAUUAA